AUGUGUUGUGGGUGCGCAGGCACAGCGACGGGGCGCAAGGGCAGCAUGUGGGCGGCUGUACCAGCAGCGGCGGCUUGUGACGCGGUGGCAGACGACGAUGACGACGUGCCUUUAGGACCGGGACAACUGCCGCCGCGGAAUGCUCAUCUGCCGCCGCUGCACGCUGAAAUCAAUAUCAGCAUCAUCAUGAUCAAAGGACAACUUGAGCUAGAGGUAUCUCAUGCUCGACGGGUUUACGGCGUUAAUGGCGAAGUGCCUGACUCAUACGUGAAAUGCUAUCUUCGCGAUGGUGACAAGUGGUUGCACAAGCGUAAGACAAGAGUAAUACGCCGCACCACUGAGCCACAUUUCAAACAAACGCUUAAAUAUCAGGCAAGCGAGGCUUUAGGUCGUACUCUGGUAGUGAUGCUGUGGCAACGAUGCGGAGGAUUUGAACACAACCUCGCCCUGGGAGGAGCGGAGAUAUGCCUCGACAAACUGUCCCUGCCGCAGCGCACGUAUGGAUGGUAUCCUCUGUUCCCAGCCACCUCGCUCGCCGCUGACGAGUCGCCCGAUUGA